AGGAAAAAAAUUGUUUCGCGUUUUUCUCUCUCUCUCUUUUCUCUGUGACUGAGAAACCAAAGAGAAAUCUUCUCAGUCUCAAAUCUUCGUCUCCUCCGUUGAUUGUUUAAGUUGGUGAUCGGAGGAUGGCAUCUUCAUCAUCUCAACGGAUGGCGGCUCUUCUCAAUCCAAUUCGCUUCUCAGCUUUGAAUCAAGUGCUCUUUUUUCUAAAAGCUAUACAUGCAGUUGAAUGCAGAGAUUGGAGAAUUUGAUGAAGCCUUUGCAAUUUACAAGGGAUUAACCUUUUUUCCAAGAGGUAGAAGUAAACAUUGAAGAACUGAAUUUGGCACUAAAUAAUGAGCAGAUGGAUAACGAGAUUUCCAAAGCAAAGUUUGACCUUGUGCAAACUGUCCAAGAAAAUGCAAACGUUCGUCACAAAUUGUUCAAUCCCUGAAGAAAAGAAACUAGUACUUGGGGAAACAAAGAAAGCUGAACACUCCAGGAAAAGGCGGCCAUUCUUAACUCGGCGCAAAAAUAAACCUGCAAAGAAGAAGGAGGAGAAUGUUCAUGCCACGGUUGAUAUUGGGCAUAAUGAUGGGCAGAAUUUAAGUAAUAUAACUGUGCCUGAGGUUGUAAAAGCUUUGUCGCUUAAGUCAGAACUUGACAGUGUUAAAAAUUACCGGUGAAUGAUAUGCCUUGGGGUUAUU